ACGGUUUUAAGAAGCGUUCUUGCGAGCUCGUCAGAAAUGUGCGAGCACAAUCUCCUUAGUUCUGGCUAUGUCGCUCCCCUUUUGAAUUUUCACUCGCCAGACUCCCUGUACCUCCAAAACUUGCGAGGCAAUGGAGUGCAUCUAUCCGGGCUCCCGCAGAUGUCCUACAGUAGAAGAGAGGUGUGCUCGCUCCCGUGGAGCUCUUCAAAUUCGUGCACUGCUCCGGCCCAGAGCCGCGCCUACAGUGGCUACUCUCAGCCGUUUUUCAGCAAUUCAGCCGCUGUGAGCGCUAGCCUCAACACCCACAAAAAGGGCUCGCUGGAGGAAUCCGGGAGGUACUACUUCCAAGAUGUCAGCCACAAAUCAGAGGAGCCAGGUCGACCUAAUGCAGCUUACGCAAGUGAGCAGAGGAUCGCCAGCUCUGCCAGCAAUGGACUUUCAAACCUGGAAAGGCGACAGCUGAACACUGUUGCACCCAAUGAACUGAGCUGCAUUGAACAGCCAGAGAGCGAUGCUUCAAAACAGUCUGUCAGCUCCAGCGCUCCAUUCCAGCCGUCACUGAGCGCCCAGAAUAUCAGACCAGCCUUCAGCGAUGGACUGCCGUGGUGUCCCUCGCAGGUGAGGUCAAGAAAAAAGAGAAAACCUUACACGAAGCCCCAGCUAACCGAACUGGAGAACGAAUUUAUGAUGAACGAGUUUAUAAACCGACAGAAACGGAAGGAGCUUUCGGACAGAUUGGAACUGAGUGAUCAGCAAGUCAAAAUCUGGUUUCAGAAUCGCAGGAUGAAGAAAAAAAGACUCAUGAUGCGCGAGCAUACCUUCACUAUAUACUAAGAUUUUUGAUGUAACUGGAUUUUUUGGGGAUCCUUCAUACAAGUGACUUUUUACGCAGAUCAAAAUACAUUAUAUCUAUUUAACUGGAGAUUAAUAUUUACCAAACACCGAUUAAAAGCGAUUUAUUAUUCAGUCGGAAUAUUCUGAGCUUCUAUUUAUUUCCACAGUAUCACUGCAUGUGUAUGUGUCUGGUGGUGGUGUAAAACGAGAAUCCGAAUGAUGUAUAUAGCCGAAAGAAGUGAGCUUCAUGGUUAAGAACCACAGCAAAUUUAGGCUCGUGUAUGUUGGAUUAAAAACAUACAUUCUGGCGUCAUUAAAACUACACUGGGCAGCUAAUAUAGCUAACUGGGUCAUUAAAUUUUCAGAUCUUCCAUAAUUGUGUUAAAAACCUAAUGUGUAUCUUGCGCCCUGAAUACGUUUUGUUUUGGUUUUUAACCAAAGGUGUAUUGCUAAAUAUUUAUUAAAUGUUGUAAAUUCUGCCUUAUAAUAAACUUUUGCAUUCUUGUG